AUGCGUUCUACAGCUGCGCUGCUCGCCGUGUCCUCGCUCGUUACCUCCGCACUCGGUGCCACUUACCCCCUGAAGGACUCUUUCGUCGGUGAGGGUUUCUUGUCUGGCUUCGUCCAUGAGGCGAUCGCCGACCCUACCCACGGUCGGGUGAACUAUGUCGACCAGGCCACCGCACAGAGUCAGAACCUGACUUUCGCGUCUGCGGACACCUUCAUCAUGCGCGCUGAUGACUUCACUACUCUUGACCCCAACGGGCCUGGACGCAACUCCGUCCGCAUCAAGAGUAACAACGCGUAUGGCCCGAACCACGUCUCCGUCUUCGACAUCCGCCACAUGCCCCAGGGUUGCUCUACAUGGCCGGCGGCUUGGGAGGUCGACGAAGCCAACUGGCCUGGCGAAGGUGAGGUCGACAUCCUGGAGGGCACGAACGACAUCGAGCCCAACCAGUCGACCCUGCACACCAGCGCAAACUGCGCCCAGCCCGACGGCCGCGCUCAGAACGGUAACCCCGUCAGCGAGAAUUGCGAUGUCGCAGCCAACGGCAACUCUGGUUGCGGUGUCCAGUCCACCGUUCCUAACAGCUACGGCAAGUCCUUCAACGCGGCGGGCGGUGGCUUCUACGCCAUGGAACGCACCGAUACCUUCAUCAAGGUGUGGUUCUGGUCGAGGAACGACCCCGCUGUCCCUGCAGACGUCAAGACCGCUGGUCCCACUGUGAACACCGACGCAUUCGGCACGCCCACUGCGCUCUUCGUCAAUGACCAGUGCGAUAUCCCCAGCCACUUCGGAACGCACAACAUCAUCAUCAACUUGACGUUCUGCGGUGACUGGGCUGGUCUUUCCCAGUUCUUCAACACCCUCGGUGGUUGCGCCGGUGACUGCAACACCUUUGUCAAUGAGAACCCCAGCGCGUUCUCCGAAGCGUUCUGGGAUAUCGCUGGUGUCCACGUCUACGAGUAA